AUGAACAUCUCGUCUAUGCUAUCUAGUGAUAGUACUGCAACACCAGCGAAGCAGGAACAGUUAUCAAUGAUACAACUGCAACCACCUCAUAACAACGGAUCUGUUCAUGAAAUACACACUAAUGGUACGGUACAAGAUUACCACCAGAACCAAAAUUUACCUGGCCAUAGCCAGCAGAGUUUUGGGCAGGCACAGCUGGUGCAGCCAAUAGAAACAGCCCAGAACGGCAAUGGCAAACACUUGGGUCUAACCCACCACAAGCCCUUACCCACCUUAUCUAAAGAGAAUUCAAUAGUGUCUGGUAUUUUACCACCAGUUAACACGUUGGAAGAAUUUUCCGAUUUCAUACCGCAAAUUGACCCGCAAUACAAGUCGAAAUUUGAAACCAACAUCAACGUCAUCAAUCAGUUGGAUAAGUACCAGAGAUUGAGUCAUGAUUUGAAGUUACUAAAAUUUGAUGAAGCCAAGUUGAAUAAUUACUUGGUAAAUACCCAUCAAUUUGCGGCAAACUACAUUGAUCGAGUUGUUGCCGAAGAUAUUUCAUCGAGGGCUAACAAAAUUAGUGAUACAAACAAGAAUAAAGAAUUAGUAUUUAUAGACUAUACAAAGCCAUUGCAUCACAACAGCACCAGAGGGAAAGAAUAUAAAUGGGGCUCUACAAGAGAAAUACACAAGGUUGAACACAAAUCGAGAAGAAAGAAACCAGCAGAGGAACCAUUUACAGCUAAUGGGGCUGCAAACCAUAAUGAAAACAGUGGCAAUGCAGUCACACCAAUGAAUGGUACUUCUGGACCUGUUCCUAUUAAGCCAAAGUCUGCAGUACCACAAGAGAUUGUAGAUUUAAAUGUUAGGCGAAGCAGUCGUCCGAAAGCUAAAAGAAAGACAUAUGACGAUGAGGGUGGAGAGUUUGACGAGGAUUCGAUUUUGGAUGAAGAUGAAUCGGAAGAGAGAACCACACCACAGCCAGGAGGCGAUGUCAAGAGAUUGAAAGUGGAGCAGGACGGCAAAGCGAAACCAGCUCAAACUUCUAGCGUGACUUCAAAAGAGCACAAGGCAUUCAUGAGACAAUAUGAUACUACUUAUGUCGCCAUAUGGAAGGAUAUGUCACGAAAGGAUGGACCGAAAGUAAGCAGGCUCAUGCAACAAUCGACUCAAGCUAAACUAAUCAACUUGAAAAAGACAUGCAUAUUAGCUGCCAGGGAGGCCAAGAGGUGGCAGUUGAGAAACACCAAGAAUCAAAAGGAUUUAACUACGAAAGCCAGGAGAGCAAUGAGAGAGAUGUUCAACUUCUGGAAACGUAACGAGAGAAUUGAAAGGGAAUUGAAAAAGAAACACGAGAAGGAGUUGGUUGAUAAGGCCAAGAAGGAAGAAGAGGAUCGUGAAGCUAAACGUCAAUCGAGAAAGUUGAAUUUCUUGAUUACUCAAACUGAGUUGUACUCGCAUUUCAUUGGCAAGAAAAUCAAGACUGAUGAAAUUGAAGGCAGUGAUUCUGAUCCAAGGAUUAAAGCACAAUCAAAAGAACAUUUGGAUAAAUUUUCCAAUGUUGAUGCAGCUAAUAAUGAUAUUCUGACAUUGGAUUUCGAUAAUGACGAUGAAGAUGCAUUGCACAGGGCAGCAGCACAAAAUGCACAAAAUGCAUUGGUUAGUGCCCAGAAUAAGGCCAAACAAUUUGAUGACUCCGAUCCAUUCAAGAAUCCAGACACCAACGGAGAGGAGAUGAACUUUCAAAACCCAACGUUACUUGGUGAUAUUAGUAUCGAGCAACCAGAUAUGUUGAAAUGUACAUUAAAGGAAUAUCAAAUCAAGGGAUUGAAUUGGUUGGCAAAUUUAUACGAGCAAGGUAUUAAUGGUAUCUUGGCAGACGAGAUGGGUUUAGGUAAGACAGUGCAAAGUAUAUCCGUGUUGGCAUACUUGGCAGAGACACACAAUAUCUGGGGCCCGUAUUUGGUUGUCACACCCUCAUCGACAUUACACAACUGGCAACAAGAAAUCUCCAAGUUUGUACCCGAGUUUAAAGUUUUGCCUUACUGGGGUCAUGCAAAAGAUCGUAAGGUUUUGCGUAAAUUCUGGGAUAGAAAAUCAUUAAGGUAUGACAAGGAUGCGCCAUUCCAUGUCUUGGUUACAUCCUACCAAUUGAUUGUAUCCGACAUUGCUUAUUUCCAAAAGAUGAAGUGGCAGUAUAUGAUUCUUGAUGAGGCACAAGCUAUCAAAUCAUCUCAAUCGUCGAGAUGGAAAUCACUUUUGUCAUUGAGUUGUCGUAACAGAUUAUUGUUGACAGGUACUCCGAUUCAAAAUUCUAUGCAAGAAUUGUGGGCAUUAUUGCAUUUCAUUAUGCCGACGUUAUUUGAUUCACACGACGAAUUUAGUGAUUGGUUUUCCAAAGAUAUUGAAAGUCAUGCACAAUCAAACACUGGAUUAGAUGAACAACAAUUGAGGAGAUUGCAUAUGAUUUUGAAACCAUUUAUGUUGAGACGUAUCAAGAAGAAUGUGCAAAGUGAAUUGGGCGAUAAAGUGGAGAUUGAUUUAUUCUGUGAUUUAACAAAUAGACAGAAGAAAUAUUACCAAAUGUUGAAAUCACAAAUUUCUAUAAUGGAUCUAUUGGAUGCAGCAAAUUCAAGCUCAGAGGACUCAACCUCAUUGGUUAACUUAGUGAUGCAAUUUAGAAAAGUUUGUAAUCAUCCUGAUUUAUUUGAAAGAGCCGAUGUAAAGUCGCCGUUUUCAUUUGCAAAAUUUGCCGAAACCAGCUCGUUCUUGAGAGAAGGUAAUGAUUUGGAGUAUAGUUAUUCGACAGAAAAUGAGAUUAACUUUGAGUUACCUAGGUUGAUAUAUGAUGAGUUGUUGACGCCCAAUUACAAAAAGAAUACCUUGAAUUCAUUGUAUGAAAAGUUUAAUAUCUAUAGCCCUGAAAAUGCCAGGGAUUUGGAAUGGGUCGAUAACAUUGAUACGCCAUUAAGUGAGAUACAAACUAUUGCUAAAUCCAGUGUUAUUGACCGGGCGAUUGACUUGCACAAGUACACCAAUGGGUCAAAACUCGAUAAAGUCAACUACCUUUACGAAGGGGAGCAUAUUCCAUCCCACUCCAAAUUAUUAAUUGCCAACAAUUUGAAUCACAAUACGUCUCAAGUUGCCAAUUCACUCGUCUUAUCUGAACUUUGCUCCGUUUCCAAUACUGUUUAUGAUGACAUGUACUUGAACCGAUUAGAUCCAGCAUACACACCAAUAGCAUCAGCUCCACCAGUGACAGUAGCGUGUCCAUCAAUAAAUUUUGAAACCAAGUAUAAGCAAGAGUUAUUCAACUCUCACUUGCGGUCAUCACUAGCACCAAUGUCAUUAAAUGAAGAGUACCGGUACAUGCAAGACCAAAUCCCCAUUGAUUCAUACCCGCCAACUAAUAUGUUGCCCGAUUCAAUCAACAAAUUUAACGAUUACUCCAACAUUCGCAUGCCAUCGAUGGAUCGAUUUAUAACCGAAUCGGGUAAAUUGGCCAAAUUGGAUGAAUUAUUGGUCAAUUUGAAACAACACGACCAUCGAGUGCUUAUCUAUUUCCAAAUGACCAAAAUGAUGGAUUUAAUGGAAGAGUAUCUUACAUAUCGUCAACAUAAAUAUAUUCGACUUGACGGUUCGUCAAAAUUGGAUGAUCGAAGAGACUUGGUUCACGAUUGGCAAACCAAGCCCGAAAUCUUUGUGUUUUUACUAAGUACUAGGGCUGGUGGGUUAGGUAUCAAUUUAACUGCGGCUGAUACCGUCGUAUUUUAUGAUUCCGACUGGAACCCGACUAUUGAUUCGCAAGCCAUGGACCGUGCUCACAGGUUGGGCCAAACGCGUCAAGUUACCGUGUAUCGAUUGCUAACGAGAAAUACCAUUGAGGAAAGAAUGAGAGAUCGGGCUAAACAAAAGGAACAAGUGCAGCAGGUUGUUAUGGAGGGUAAAACUAGUAGUAAAGAAGAAACUAAAAACUCAAGAAAGGAUGCCGCAUUCUUGUUGCUUGGCGACGAUAAUAAUGAUGAAGGGUCGAAUAAUUGA